AUGAGAGUCAAAUUAGAAGAAUUUUAUCUGAUGAACGUAGUUCUUUAUAUUAACACAUUCAAAUCUCUUUUGACGUUUUCUACGAUCAAUAAAAAGUGUAUACGUGUGAUGAAACGCCUUCAAAUCAAUCCUCUUGUCAUUGAGAAAACGCGUAAUCAUGAUUAUUAUUAUAAAUAUGAAAACUACAUGACAGAUCAUUAUUCUCUCAACGUUUUAAAACUUUUUCCAAACAUUAAGACGUUGUAUCUACCUUCUUACCGAUUCAAAGUUCCAAAAAGUGUGACUUCUCAAAUUCAGUAUAUCAAAGUCGCAAAUAUGAACGACAAUGAAUUCCAAAUACAAGAUGAUACAUACUUAAAAUCAAAUGUUAAAUAUCCAAUUGUUUCACAACAAUUUCCUUUCAAUGUAAUUCAUCCUGAACAUCAAUAUAAAUUUCAAACUUAUGUGAUUAAUUCCAUGAAAACUUUUCAAUAUUUUGUUGACAACGUUGACAAUUUGUAUAACGUUAAAGACCUUGCAAUUGUUGUUCCUGAUAAAAUUAAAGACAAGAAUGAUACUAACAUUACAAAAAAUAAAGCAACACUAUUAUUACAGUCCAUUCAAAAUAAAUGGCAAAUGACAAUUAAAACACUUUAUUCCAUUAAUAUGGCAAAAGGAGGACUUUUUCUUGAUAAAAUUUUGUAUUUAAGAAACGACAAAAUGACGACAGAAGACAGAGAGGUGUUUGGGAAAAUCAAAAUGUAUUUUAAAGUGAUGAUUAUUAAAGUCAAAAAUUUGGACACAUUGAGUGAACGGAAUGUGCAAAUCUCUUUUUAUAACUUUGAAAACAAAAUACAUGUUGACGAACACAAUAUUCCGUUAAUUAGAAAAUACUCAAACGACGCUUUUAAGUGUUUUGAAACAAUUACUUUGAACAAAGAGUCUCAAAAUGACAUCGAUUUGGCGCAAAUUAAUACGAAAAAAUUGAUUGUUAAUAACGAAAAAGAAACCCCUUGGAACUAUCAAAUAGAAAUUCCAUCGACUCUCAAAUAUCUUUCUGUUGUUGAAAAUGGAGUUAAAAUAGUAUGUUCCCAAAAUGUUGAAAUAGAAGUGGCCAAAACACUCAAAUUAAAUACUUUAGUUUUGGCCGACUCUUUCGACUUUUUUGAAUUACCCGAAUACUCUUAUUUUGUUUUAGAAAAUAAAGACAUUGAAUAUAUGAAAAAGAAUGUGACAAGUGAAAACGAAAUACAAAACUAUUCCAAAAUGACUCAAAAGGAACAAAAUGAAUUCAGAAAUUUUUUAGUGUUAAUGAAAGACCUUCAAGUUUUAGAAAUUGAAGAACAUUCUCAAUUAUUGUAUGAAAAGGUCGCUGUCACAUUUGUUCCAAAAGAAAUUACAAGUGACAUAAAAUUGAAUAAUAUAACAACUUACAAAUUUAAUACAUACAAAUUAACACCAAUCGAAUUUUUAACUUCUUUAACUAAAUUAAAAAUUUCCUCUAUUGGAAGAAAUGUUUUGGAUUUGGAUACCAUAAAGUUAAUAAAAAUCAAGUGUUAUAAUAUUGGUGCUAUAACAAUCAAUGUAAAUCCCUCUUUAAAGUCCAUUGAUCUCACUGAAUGUUAUAAAGUACAUUUUGUAUGUCGAGUAGGUGUAGUUUAUUUGACUCAUUUUGAUUCUUUUCACACAAAUUACACAGAAGGUACAAACAUAGUAGUGGACUAUUUGAUUCCAUAUAAAGAACGGUGUGAACAAGGACCUUGUUGGGCGGAUUCUAUUGGAAAAAACUUUAAUUAUAUCAAAGGAAUGGUAUAUUCAAAUGAGCCUUACACGUCCAAUGCGAAUGGGUAUUACUCCCCUAAUGUCAACGAAUUGCCUUAUUUACCAGCAAACAUUCUUAUAGACCGAAUGUGUUACAAACAAGAUGCAUCUGAAAUUUGGUUCAAAGCUGUCAAGGAAAUUGGCGAUUAUUGUUUUGAAGAUUGUGAUUUUAGAUAUAACAAGAAAAUUGAACUUUCAGAAGGACUCACCUCUUUUGGGUUUGGUGCAUUUUGUGGUGCAAAAAAUCUUGUGAAAGUCUCUCUGCCUUUAAAUUUCAAAAGGCUGCCAUUUAAAGCAUUUUACAACGUCACAAGUCUCGCCGAAAUUGAAGCGAAAGAAAGUCCAAUUGAAAUCGACGACUAUUCACUUUAUAAAUGUACAAAUUUAGUGAAACAUCCCAAAUUUGUUCCUAUGA